AUGGUCGAGGCCAAGCUCCAUAAGCUCAAGGUCACCGACCUCAAGGAGAUGCUCUCCCAGGCAGGUCUCGUGCAGUCCGGCAAGAAGGAUGAGCUCAUCAAGCGUCUCCUCGACGCUGGGAUCACGGGCGAACAGCCUGAAAGGCUUGUUGACCCCGACGAGCCUGAGCUUGCCGCUGAGCCUGUCGCUGCUGCUGCACCUGUUGCUGCCGCUCCAGCUCCCGCUGCGGCUGCCGUUGCUCCAGCUCCCGCAGUCCCUGUGCCAUCAGAACAGGCGACUGCACCGUCCGAGACGGAAGACCAGCCGGAGGAGGAGCUCACUGAGGAAGAGAAGAAGCAGAAGGCGCGUGCCGAGCGCUUUGGCAUUCCUUGGGUGCGGCAGAAGAAGCCAGCCGCUGCGCCGAAGGUUGAGAAGCCCACCGAGCAGCCCAAGGUGGAGAAUGAGACGCCCGUCAAGCCCGCAGCCAUCGACGCGACUCCUCUCGGCAUCUCGCCUGAGGUGCUCGCGCGCCGUGCCGCCAAGUUUGGUCUGCCCGAGAAGAAGGCGGUCCAAGCCAAGUCGCCUGUCAAGGAGGAGAAGAAGGAGCUGAGCGCAGAGGAGGCUACACGCCUUGCCGAGGAGGAGGAGAAGAAGCGAAAACGUGCCGAGAAGUUCGGCAUCGCUAUAACAAACGGUGGUGACGAGCCCGACGCGAAGAAGGCCAAGGUCUAG